AUGUGGUGGCACAGUGGGAGCUAUUCUGACAUGUCCACUGGAAGUUGUGAAAACACGGCUACAGUCGUCUGCUGUGACACUUUAUAUCUCUGAAGUUCAGCUGAACACCAUGGCUGGAGCCAGCGUUAACCGAGUAGUGUCUCCCGGACCCCUCCAUUGCUUAAAAAUGAUCUUGGAAAAAGAAGGGCCUCGUUCCUUGUUUAGAGGAUUAGGCCCCAAUAUAGUGGGGGUGGCUCCUUCCAGAGCACUAUACUUUGCUGCUUAUUCCAACUGCAAGGAAAAAUUGAAUGGUGUGUUUGAUCCUGAUUCUACCCAGGUUCACAUGAUUUCAGCUGCAAUGGCAGGUUUCACUGCGAUCACUGCAACCAACCCCAUCUGGCUUAUAAAGACUCGGUUACAGCUUGACGCAAGGAACCGUGGGGAAAAGCAAAUGGGUGCUUUUGAGUGUAUCCGUAAAGUGUAUCAGACAGAUGGACUUAGAGGAUUUUACAGAGGCAUGUCUGCUUCCUAUGCUGGCAUAUCAGAGACUGUGAUCCAUUUUGUUAUUUAUGAAAGUAUAAAGCAAAAGUUACUGAAUUGUAAGACAGCGUCCAUGAUGGAAAGUGGGGAAGAGUCCGUGAAAGAAGCAUCAGAUUUUGUGGGAAUGAUGCUUGCUGCUGCCACCUCAAAAACCUGUGCCACAACUAUAGCAUAUCCACAUGAAGUUGUAAGAACAAGAUUACGUGAAGAAGGAACAAAAUACAGAUCCUUUUUUCAGACACUGUCUUUGGUGGUUCAAGAAGAAGGUUAUGGGUCACUCUACCGUGGUCUAACAACUCACUUGGUGAGACAAAUUCCAAACACAGCCAUUAUGAUGGCCACCUAUGAAUUGGUGGUCUACCUACUGAAUGGAUAGCAGCACAGGCUGCCACACUACAAAAGAAGGAAGACCAAAAGAUUACAAUGGAUCAUGGAAUAUUGGAGCCAGCACGGUGGACAGAAAGAAUAGUAGUUUGGGAACAUAUACCAUAACUAUACCUAAAUGGAAGUUUGGUUAAGAUAGCCACACCGCAUUAUUUAGUCUUUUUGUAAUGUGGAAAAAUAGCCACCUCUAAAGGAAAUGCCUUUGGAAGCACUCCUUUGUUAAAGUUGCCAUUUUCUCUACCACGUCCACCAGAUACAGUUGUGUUUUAUUGACCUAUGAUAUUGAGAUAAUAGUGUUUAUUCCAUGAGCAUUUUUCCAGUCUUCUAAACAAAGCCAUCCUUAUAUAUACACUGUACUGUAGCUAUCCAAAGGUAGUAUUGACAUAAGUAUAUAACUUCUGACUUUCAAUUCCUAUAAUACUGUAAGAUAACAAUAAUUGGUAGAUCCUCAGUAUUCCCAUCUUGCUGAGAUGACUUGGCACAAUAUUUUAAUUUAAGUAUUUGGCACCAGUAAUCACUAUUUUUGACAACCAAGGAACUAUAGUAUAAAUAUCUUGUGUAUUGAAAUGUUUGAGUCUCUUCAGCUAACAGGUGCUUGAUGUUUAGCAUAAUGUGGACUUGAAAUUGUUACCAUAUAAAACUCACAAUACUUUGAAGAAUAUAACAUUAACCAAUAAAAUACUGACUCUUGACCAUCUCAGUUACUUAAAUAUGCCCUGUAUCUUCUCUGAUAUUACAGAAAAUGAAUGAGUGCAUUUGUCUUUUCAGUAAUUUACUAGUUUUGAGCAUGAAUUAUCACCCAUCAUACCUAGAUAUCAUUUACUUAAAUUAGAAAAAUUUACUGUUUCUGAAUUUUUCUGUUUGUUUCACAUUAAAAAUUUGGACCUGAAUUUAUUUCCAGGUCAGCAUAGAUUACACUUAUUUGGUAGAGAAAAUGAUAAUUUUCAGUUUGACCCUUACAGGUUUUUUUGAAUGUGAUGUUAAUAUCUGGGGCAGAAUAAAUACUAUAGAAGAGGGGCCCUCUGCUGUUUGACUCAGCAGGCAGUAUUAAUUGACUUGUAAAUGAACAAGCUGAUUUUGACGAAGAAAUUUAUUCUGACCUAGUUUCCUGACUGGUAUAUCAUAGUAAGAUUCAGGUUCAUUUGGGUUAAAUGUGCUAAUAGGAUAUAAUUUUUAAAUUUUACUGUUGAGUCAUCUGUACCUUUUAAUACUUCACAUGUAUCAUUUGUAUGGCCUUUAUGAAGAUGUCUGCUAUAAUACUGUUAGGAGAUUUUGCCUAUGGAUAUGCUUUCCUGGUGUAUGAGAUUUCUACAAUUAAACUCCAGUGUGGUAUUCAUUUUGGUAUACCUUAACUUCA